UUAACUUUUUUAAUCAUUCAUAUAGAAGUCGUAGAAGCGUUUAUAUUGUCAGCUGUGUUUUGUUUUAUUAUUAAGGACAUCAUCUAUAAAUUUAAUCUCAGUUAUAUUUUAAAUUAAGGAUAUAUCCCUGCAGUCAAUAUGCAGAUUUUCGUAAAGACUCUCACUGGUAAAACGAUUACUUUGGAAGUUGAGCCAUCCGACACUAUUGAAAAUGUAAAAGCUAAGAUUCAGGACAAAGAAGGUAUUCCUCCCGACCAGCAGCGCUUGAUCUUCGCCGGUAAGCAACUCGAGGACGGGCGCACGCUUUCUGACUACAACAUUCAGAAAGAAUCUACACUCCAUCUUGUUUUGCGUCUUCGUGGAGGUAUGCAGAUUUUCGUUAAGACCCUCACUGGUAAGACUAUCACUUUGGAGGUCGAGCCUUCUGACACCAUCGAAAAUGUGAAAGCGAAGAUCCAGGAUAAAGAAGGUAUUCCCCCAGAUCAGCAAAGGUUGAUCUUUGCUGGCAAACAGCUUGAAGAUGGCCGCACCCUAUCUGAUUACAACAUCCAAAAAGAAUCUACUCUUCAUUUAGUCCUACGUCUCAGAGGUGGCAUGCAGAUUUUUGUUAAGACCUUGACUGGCAAAACCAUCACAUUAGAGGUAGAGCCAUCUGACACCAUUGAAAAUGUAAAAGCCAAGAUUCAGGACAAGGAAGGUAUCCCUCCAGAUCAGCAGCGUCUCAUCUUUGCUGGUAAGCAGCUAGAGGAUGGUCGCACACUCUCUGACUACAACAUCCAGAAAGAGUCCACCCUCCAUCUUGUCUUGCGUCUCCGAGGUGGUAUGCAGAUUUUUGUUAAGACCCUCACUGGAAAAACCAUCACCUUAGAAGUUGAGCCAUCUGACACCAUUGAGAACGUAAAAGCCAAGAUUCAGGACAAGGAGGGUAUCCCACCAGACCAACAGCGUCUCAUCUUUGCUGGCAAGCAGCUUGAAGAUGGCCGCACACUCUCAGAUUACAAUAUCCAAAAGGAAUCUACACUUCAUUUAGUCCUUCGUCUCCGAGGAGGCAUGCAAAUCUUCGUAAAGACCCUUACUGGCAAAACCAUUACCUUGGAAGUAGAACCCUCUGACACCAUUGAGAAUGUGAAGGCCAAGAUUCAAGACAAGGAAGGUAUCCCACCAGACCAGCAGCGUCUCAUCUUUGCUGGCAAGCAGCUUGAGGAUGGUCGGACACUCUCAGAUUACAAUAUCCAAAAGGAAUCUACACUUCAUUUAGUCCUUCGUCUCCGAGGAGGCAUGCAAAUUUUUGUUAAAACAUUGACAGGAAAGACAAUCACUUUAGAAGUUGAGCCCUCUGACACAAUUGAGAAUGUAAAAGCCAAGAUUCAGGACAAGGAGGGCAUCCCCCCUGAUCAGCAGCGUCUCAUCUUUGCUGGUAAGCAGCUUGAGGAUGGUCGCACACUCUCUGACUACAACAUCCAGAAAGAGUCCACCCUCCAUCUUGUCUUACGUCUCCGAGGUGGUAUGCAGAUUUUUGUUAAAACCCUAACUGGCAAAACAAUCACAUUAGAGGUAGAGCCAUCUGACACCAUUGAAAAUGUAAAAGCCAAGAUUCAGGACAAGGAAGGUAUUCCUCCAGACCAGCAGCGUCUCAUCUUUGCUGGUAAGCAGCUAGAGGAUGGUCGGACACUCUCUGACUACAACAUCCAGAAAGAGUCCACCCUCCAUCUUGUAUUGCGUCUCCGUGGUGGUAUGCAAAUCUUCGUUAAGACCCUCACUGGCAAAACUAUUACCUUGGAAGUAGAACCCUCUGACACCAUUGAGAAUGUGAAGGCCAAGAUUCAAGACAAGGAAGGUAUCCCCCCAGACCAACAGCGUUUGAUCUUCGCAGGUAAACAACUUGAGGAUGGCCGUACCUUGUCUGAUUAUAAUAUCCAGAAGGAGUCUACUUUGCAUUUGGUGCUUCGCCUUCGCGGUGGUUAUUAAUGACAUUGUAUUGCAACAUAAUUUUCGAACUUUUGGCUAAGAAAAUGUAACCAUACUUAACAUCACCAUCCCUGUAUUGCAGUAUUUGAUUAAAAAUUUAGCUUGGAA